UCACGUGGCAUGGUAUGGCGGUCCGAAGAAGAACACAUUCUUAUUCCACCACUUGGUGUGCCUGCAAUCCAUCCAUAGAUUUAUUAAACCUAAGUACAUUCUGUUCUGGUUUGAUAUGAUACCGGAGGGGAAAUACUGGGACCAGGUCAUAGAGCGGUUCCCCCAGAUAGUGCUGGUGUACAGGGCCCCUCCCCAUAUCGUCCUCGGACAGCCCGUCGAGGUACCGGCACACCAGUCAGAUGUUAUCCGACUCGAGGCCCUCAUGGAGUAUGGUGGCAUCUCUAUGGACCUGGAUGUCAUCGUCUUGAGGUCCCUAUCGCCACUUCAAUCUUACGACAUUACUAUGGGAUACGAGACACUGGAUGGACUCUGUAAUGGUAUGAUUGUGGCGAGGCCGUGGGCAGACUUCCUCAGGAUCUGGUACAAGGAAUACAAGACAUUAGACGACAGUGUGUGGGGCUACCACUCGGUGCUGCUUCCUGCAAUACUGGCACAAAAGUACCCCAACCUCAUUAACACAGAAUUCAGAUCCAUGAACCACCCAAAUCCUGGAGAAAGCAUGUCACUCCUGUAUGGAAACAAGUCAUUUGAUUGGGAGACUUCAAAUUAUGUUGUCCAUACUUGGAUUCGAACCCAAGAAAUAGCCAAAAAACUUAACGCGAGGUCAAUAAGAACUUGGGACUGUGUGGCUGGUGAGCUGUUCAGGUAUAUAUACUAUGGUGACAAAACUCUCAUACCACCCCAUUAGCAGAGAUCUCGCUUGAACAGCAUCAUCAUGACAUAGAGCUGAAUCCAUUCCUUUGAUAAAUGGCUGUGAUAAAUGGGUGUAACAUUGGCCACACCCUUGCCCCUGUUAGCACACAAUAUACGUCAGUAUUUGGGUGAAGAUCACCCAGCAUGCUUGAAUCUCAGUCCAGGUUUAUUUUGCAACCGUGACCACUAUAUAUUUUUCAGCUUGGCGAAUACCAUAUUCGGUAUAUAUGAUACCAUUUUAAGUUAUUUUUUCUGCCAUUGCCAUUCCCUUGCAGAAGUUUGUAAGAAAUUUUAAACUACAAAUAAUUUCGAAAUACAAUUGUUAAUCCUAAGUUCGUUGGAUGUUUGAUAGGCAUUUACAAGUUGGUAAGGUAAUACAAGACACUUGAUAUUGU